AGGAUCGAUUUAAUUGUUUAAAAAAAAAAGAUAAUAAUAAAGCGAGAUGUGCAAGCCCUUUAACUGAUAAUGGCGUAUCUCGCGUAAUCUGUAUUUGCGUGGCUUAAGGACCGCGGGUCUUAUCCCACCCUUGGUUUUGGGAGUGCGCGGAUACAGCGUUAUACGAGAAGCACGCGCGAGAUGAUACGUCUCUCUCUUUCGUGGAGAGAGCAUCGAUCGAAUCCUGCGCAUUCGGGGGUGGCUAGCCAUAUUACCCCCGCGAUCUCCCGAUCCCUUAAAACGCCGCCGUGUCCCCGUGUGCUGUUGGUCGAUGCCGCGGAUCGACGAGUUCGCCGCGAUUCUGGCUUCGCAAGUCGCGGUGUAGAUCGUAGGAUCAGGAAACGCAUCCGUCAUCAUCAUGCGGCUCCACAAUCCGGGUAGUAGUAGCUAGGUAGCUCUCGCGCAUUCCUCGCUCCGAUUCCCUCCUCCAUUCCUCUUUUCUUCAUCUCUUUGCCUCUUCAUGAAGCCUCGCUUGCGUCCAGAGUCACGGCCUUUUUUAGUUUAGUCGUUUCCGUCGAAGAAAUCGAGAGGCAGGAGGAACAUCCGAGGUGGCUACCGGAUUCGCCGUUUGACACGGACGAUUUAAAUUUGGAUAACCGAAGUAAUGCUCGACACUCCACCUUACCUCGCUAGGAAAUGCUAUUCUUCACUUCCUCCACCUCUUCAGUCACUGUAUCUAGUUUACGUGCGGGAACGCAUCUGUAAGGAAUUAAACAUAUCGCUGUAGAGGCAACAAAUAGGGAGAAAUGGCGUAUUUCCGUGGAUUUUACAUACCCUCCUUCGGAGCAACGGUCAACGUCGCCUGGGAGACCUUGAAGGCCAAAUGGCCGGAGAACAGUCCGUGCAUGGAACUGAUCCGCGGCGCCGGCGGCGGCGGCGGCGGUGACGGCGGCGGCGGUGGUGGUAGUAUGGGCCAGGGCCAUCCCCAGGGCCGACCUGGUCAGGACCAGUUCAAAUCCUUCGACGAGGGUCACGACAACACCGAGAUGAUGACCAUGAAUGGAGAUCAGGCGUAUCGAGAUCAGAACAACGUGGGGAUUGCUGAGGACUCUUUCAGCUAUCAGAGAAACGGGGACAAAGUUAGAACCGGAAGCAUGAGUAGCGGAGAGUUCAGCGAGUAUGAUGAGGGUGGCGGAGAGUUCGGGGCGGGUGUCAAGAUCAACGAGUGGCAAGCCGCUUGGAACGUGACAAAUGCCAUUCAGGGAAUGUUCAUCGUCUCUCUGCCGUUCGCCGUUUUGCGUGGCGGUUACUGGGCGAUUGCCGCGAUGAUUGGCAUCGCGCAUAUCUGCUGCUACACCGGCAAAAUUCUAGUCGAGUGCCUCUACGAGUUGGAUACGGUGACGGGUCAGCGUGUGCGCGUACGAGAUUCGUACGUGGCUAUCGCUAAGGUGUGUUUCGGACCGACGUGGGGUGCCCGUGCCGUCAACAUCGCGCAGAUCAUCGAAUUGCUGAUGACCUGCAUCUUAUACGUGGUCGUGUGCGGCGACCUGAUGAUUGGUACCUUCCCCGAGGGCGCGAUCGACACACGUAGCUGGAUGAUGCUGAUCGGCAUAUUCUUGUUGCCGCUCGGUUUUCUCAAGUCCCUACACCACGUGUCCGUGCUGAGCUUCUGGUGCACAAUGUCUCACCUCUUCAUCAAUGCGAUCAUCAUCGGUUACUGUAUCCUGGAGAUUGGUGACUGGGGCUGGUCGAAGGUGAAGUGGACGAUUGACAUGGAAAACUUCCCGAUCUCGCUUGGCGUGAUCGUCUUCAGCUACACGUCGCAAAUUUUCUUGCCGACCCUCGAGGGUAAUCUCAUUGAUCGCUCCAAGUUCGAUUGGAUGCUGAAUUGGAGCCACAUUGCCGCGGCUGCGUUCAAAUCGCUCUUCGGCUGGAUCUGCUUCCUGACUUUUCAGAACGACACGCAACAGGUCAUCACGAAUAACUUGCAUUCGGCUGGCUUCAAGGGCCUGGUGAAUCUGUGCUUGGUCGUCAAGGCGGUGCUCUCGUAUCCCUUGCCGUACUACGCGGCUUGUGAGCUCCUCGAGCGCGCCUUUUUCCGCGGCCGACCGAAGACGCUUUUCCCGACCAUCUGGACGGUGGACCGCGAGCUCAAGGUCUGGGGUCUGGCCUGGAAAGUCGGCGUGAUCCUGUUCACCAUUCUAAUGGCGAUCUUCAUACCGCACUUUAGCAUAUUAAUGGGCUUCAUCGGCUCCUUCACUGGUACCAUGCUGUCGUUUAUUUGGCCCUGCUACUUUCAUCUGAAACUAAAGAGGAAUUCCAUGGAAUGGAGCGCCGUCGCAUACGAUUGCUUCGUCAUCUUCCUUGGUGUUCUCUUCGGUGUGAUUGGCGUUUACGAUUCCGGUUCCGCGCUAAUCAAUGCCUUCGAGAUUGGCCUGCCCUUCUGAGCGAUUUUCCAUCAUCUAGGCCAUUUUGUUGUUCUUGUUCUGUAUCAAAAUGAUGUUACGAACAUGCUCUCCAGAGUCGUCGAAAUAUUUGAUUCUCGAUUUUAACACGUUGUUCGGUAUAUUCAUGCAAUAAUGCAUUGCUGAUGCACGCGGGAGACUACAUAAAAUCCAAAAUAGAAACGACGAAUAAGCAUGUAAGCGAACUUUGUGCUUUGGAAAAGUUAGGCAUCUUUUUGAAUAACAUUCUAAUCGAUAAUCAGCAAUACUUUAUUUUUAAAUACCUGCUAAUACCAAAUAAAAAGGAUUUGUAUUAUUGUAAAAUUCUUUUUAAAUUUUAAAUGCGAUUUCACAAAAUUCUCCAAAUUUAAGACACAUCAGUGAAUCGAGGAUCAAAUAUUUCACGUGCUUAAAAGUGAUUAAUUCGUAUGAGAAUUUUGUAGUAUACGUAAAACUACUUUCACGUUUGUCUUAUCAUUCAUAUAAUUUUAACAUCUUUGUUAGUUUCACGAAAUGGUGUUGUGCGCGAUUAUAUUUCUUUAAAAAGAUUUUUAACUGGUCAAAUGAUUAAAGCACAAGGGCGUUAUCUUCCAUUCGCGCUUUAAUAAUAGCACUUUAAUAAUCAUGAAACGAGCCUUCAGUAAUGUCUUCCAAAAUGAUAAUAUUGAUAAAAAUCUGUGCUUGCUUUCGUAAUGGCACGUUUAAUUCUUCAUGUUGUUUGUCGUGUUCUCCAAUUUACAUUUAAAUCUUUAUAAAUUAAUUAUUUCAAAACAACAACGCGCCAUCCACUUUUCUCAAUCGCGAUAGCUUUGAGUGUGAAUGAUGUUUAGAAAUGUGAAAAUUAGAUGAGAAUAUACCGUUUUCUAAAGUCAGUCAUAGUAUUCUUUUUUAAAAGGAAGAUUAGCUACUCUGGUAAAAAUUUUUCUUAGAAUUUUUCAGAAUUUUUUUUCAGAAUGUCUAUGACCGAAGUUUUGAUAUAAUUCUGUAUAGUACAAUUUUUUUUUAGAAAUUUUCUUAGAUUUUUUUUAUACGAAGCACUUUUUAGAAUAUUUUAAGAUUUCUCAUCCUAUUUUCUAUGAGAAGAAAACAUCUGAAGUUUAAGAUAAUUUCUAGAAAACUUUAAAAUUUAAAAUAUAAGAAAUUUAUUAAAAUAAUUUAUGAGAAGUUUUUUUCUUGGAAUGAAUCCUUUUAAAAAAUUUGAGAAAUUUUUUAAAAGGAAACAUUGAGACAUUUUUUUAAAAUGUUGAGAAAGUCUACUGCUUCUCUAGAAUUCUUUAUAUACGCGAAUUUUGAAAAUUUCUUAUUCUAUAAUUUCCAAAGAAACUUAUAAAAUCUGAAAAAAGAUU